AUGGCCCUGCUCCUCCUCCUCUUUGGGGGCUUCUGGGCCCAGAUGGUGAGCCCACAGUCUCUGGAGUAUACGGCAACUUUGCAGACAUCUGCCCCUGGAGGGUCUUCUGCUUCUUUGGUCUCAGAUAUCUCUGAGGCCCUGAACCUCAACUCAGUGACCUUCACUGGCUCAGCAAUAAGGGACCCUAAGGUUGACAGCACUGGGGACCAGAUCUCAACCCCAGUGUCUACAACUCCCUUUAGAGACAAUGAGGGACAAAUUGGGACUUCUUUUAGUGCCAGCACUGGCCCCCCUGAGCCAACAACCUCUCAGGAAGUUUCCUCCAAGAAGUCAUCAGUGCUUCUGGAAAUCUCUAAUGUAACCAGUGACUCUGCUGUCCCCAUAACAAUAGGAUCCCACACUGUGAUGGGUGGACACGUGACACCUAGCCCUCUGGAGACCUCCAGCGGGGCCAGUGGUCCCCCUGUCACCACAGCAACAAGUGUUCUAGAAACCUCCAGCGGGGCCACUGGCCCACCUGUCAUCACAGCGACGAGUGCUCUGGAGACGUCCAGUGGGGCCAGUGGUCCCCCCGUCACCACAGCAACAAGUGUUCUGGAAACCUCCAGCGGGGCCACUGGCCCACCUGUCAUCACAGCAAUGAGUGCUCUGGAAACCUCCAGUGGGGCCAGUGGUCCCCCUGUCACCACAGCAACGAGUGCUCUGGAAACCUCCAGUGGGGCCAGUGGUCCCCCUGUCACCACAGCAACGAAUGUUCUGGAAACCUCCAGCGGGGCCAGUGGUCCCCCUGUCACCACAGCAACGAGUGCUCUGGAAACCUCCAGCGGGGCCAGUGGUCCCCCUCUCACCACAGCAACGAGUGCUCUGGAAACCUCCAGCAUGAUGCUGGUGGCUGUGCUUGUGGCCCUGCUGGUGAUCUUAGUCCUCGUGUUACUUCUCCUGCUGUGGCGCCAGUGGCAGAAGCGUAGGACAGGGGCCCUCACACUAAACGGAGGUGGAAAGGCCAAUGGGGUGGUGGACGCCUGGGCUGGGCCAGCUCGGGUCCCUGACGAGGAGGCCGUGACAGCAAUAGCGGCAGGGUCCGGGGGCCACAAGGGCUCUGGGGUCCCCGAGGGGGAGGGGUCUGGCCAGCGGCCCUUGCUCACCACCUUCUUCGGCAGACGCAAGUCUUGCCAGGGCUCCUUGGCGCUGGAGGAGCUGAAGUGUGGCUCGGGGUCCAGCUUCAAGGGGGAGGAGGAGCCGCUGGUGGGCAGCGAGGACGGGGCUGAGGAGGAGCCGGCUGCCGAGGGGCCGCAGGCGGGAGAGGCCGCCACGCCUCCGUGUUCCUGA